CUGACAGGUGCCAAUGCCUGUCAGCUCUGCAAAGCCCAAAGUAUUCAGUUGUUCCUAGAACUAGAUGAAACUGUGCGUGGCCAUCUUAUUUGCUGUUUUGCACAUCGUGGUCUCGUACCUCUGCCCCGCAUUACCUUCGACGAUGACCGCCACAAGCUCCGAACGAUGUGCAACAGUUGUUGGGCACCGCAUUGCUGCUUUUGAGCUUAUCUUUGCCAUCGUCUCAGAUUGGAUGAGAAGCCCUUGCAGUAAGGGGUUGCAUAGAGCAGUUGCAUAGCAUAGUAUAUAGGAGUGGCUGCACCUUCCACAUACCCUUGCAAGAAGUAGUACCACUGUCCACUACA